AUGGUGUCUUGGAAAGAGGCAUUUGCCUUAUCUACUGAGGCUGUUGAUGCAGCUACUCCUCCUGGAACUGUUCAUAUUCAUCGCGAGCAUGAACACACUGACCAUGAGCUUGCGACCAUCCCACCCUUGACCGACGACCCUCGAGAUCCUUUGAACUUUCCAGCUUGGAGAAAGCUCGCCGCCUUGAUCGUUGCCGCUCUCUAUGGAUUUGCCGCCAACUACACAAGUGGUGUCAUCGCACCGGCUUUCCAGCUCUGGCCAUACAACUUCCCGAACGAUCCGAGAUCGUAUUCCGAGUUGACUACCCUUAUUUCUGUCCAUGUCCUGUUCCUUGGUGCAGCCAACAUCUGGUGGGUUCCUUUCUCCAACUGGAUAGGACGACGCCCCGUGCUUCUCGUUGCUACGCUCCUGAUGGCACUGAGCACUCUCUGGUGUGGACUCUCCACGUCGUACAACUCUCUCCUUGCAGCUCGCAUCUUUCAGGGCAUCGGAGGUGCAGCUGCAGACUCAGUUGCUCCGGCUCUUGUCGGAGAUUUAUACCCUGUUCACCAACGAGGAAGAGCAAUGGCACUCUACACCAUCAUGCUCUGCGCGGGCCCUCUCGCCGGAGGGCUUUCCGGAGGCUACAUCGUGUUCCGUCACGGCUGGAAAGCCCUCUUCUGGGUUAGCUUGGCCCUCUCUGGGCUCUGCUGUCUUGGGGUAGCGCUCUUUGUGCCCGAGACGCUUUAUGAGAGAAGCUUCGCAGGCGAAACGAUCCCAGCGACGAAUCCUGAGAAACAAAUCGACCAAGAGGAGCAAGUGGAAUACAAACAGCCAACUGGUACGAGCCAGGACCACGGAACCUACAAACCCUUCACGAUUGCUCAGGCGUUAGGUUUUAAUCGCCCUCGUGGAAGCCUGGCACGACAGUUUCUGCAGCCAUGGAAAACUCUCGCACUACCAGGCACAUGGGUAGUGAUGCUCCAUUACGCUGGUCUGGUUGGCGGCAUCGUCACCAUCUCAACCAUUGGCUCGCAGAUAGUUGCCCAGCCGCCUUACCUCUGGGGCGCCAACGCAGGUCUCAUCAAUGUUGGCGCGCUCGUUGGAACCGUUGUCGGAUACCUCUACACCCACAUGCUCGCCGAUGUCAGCCUGGUGAAGAAAGCAAACACCAAGCGACAUGGAGUAGCAGAGGCUGAGGAUCGACUUCCUACACUCUUCUUUCCACUUGCUGUGGCAACUUGCGGCUUCUUUGUCUUUGGAUUCUGCGCUCAGUAUCCAGGCUCAAAGCAAUGGAUUGGUUUGGAAGUUGGGUAUGGAAUGCUCUCUUUUGGGCUCAUGCAAGUCCCAUCUGUAGGAUUCAACUAUCUCAUCGACUCGUACCACUCUCUCGCGGCGGACUGUUUCACCAUGGUAACGAUCCUGCGGGCUAUCAUUGCCUUUGCAUGGACUUACUUUGUGGCUGAUUGGAUCCAUGAUAGGGGUGCAGCUGAGCCUUUUGGUAUCUUUGGUAUGCUGAUGGGUUUGUUUUCAUUGUUGACAGUACCGCUUUGGAUGUAUGGAAAGCGCAUGAGGAUUGCAACAGCCGCUCAGGUUCAACGAUGGUAG